AUGGCAGAGUCAAAGAAGUAUAUUUCACAGGAAGACCUGAGCAAGCACAACAAGCCAGGAGAUCUAUGGAUCUCAAUACAGGGGAAGAUCUACAAUGUCUCAGAUUGGGCUAAUUACCAUCCAGGUGGUGAGCUCCCAUUGCUCAAUCUCGCUGGUCAAGAUGUCACAGACGCGUUUGUUGCGUACCAUCCAGGCUCGGCAUGGCAGCAUCUGGACCAGUUCUUCACUGGGUCUUAUCUCGAAGGCUACUCUGUCUCGGAGGUAUCCAAAGAUUAUAGGAAACUUGUCAAUGAAUUCACUAAAAUGGGUUUGUUUGAAAACAGGGGACUUGGGGUUCAUUUUUCGCUGUUUCUUGUGGCGAUGUUGUUUAGCUUGAGUGUCUAUGGUGUUUUGUACUCUGAUAGCACUUGGGUGCAUCUGGGUUCUGGUGGGUUAAUGGGUUUUCUUUGGAUUCAAAGUGGCUGGCAUGGACAUGACUCUGGGCACUACCAGAUCAUCAGCAGCAAAAGACUCAAUAGGUUUGCUCAGAUCCUCACUGGGAAUUGCCUUGCUGGCAUCAGCAUUGCCUGGUGGAAGCGCAACCACAAUGCUCACCACAUUGCAUGCAACAGCCUUGAAUUCGAUCCAGAUCUUCAGCACAUGCCUUUCUUUGCGGUAUCUUCGAAAUUAUUCAAUUCCCUCACGUCUUAUUUCUAUGACAGGAAGAUGAAUUUUGAUUCUUUUACAAGGACCUUGGUUAGUUACCAGCACUGGACAUUUUACCCUGUGAUGUGUCUUGCUAGGCUUAAUCUUUUUGCUCAAUCAUUCUUGCUGUUAUCAUCUAAAAGAUUAAGGGUGAACAAUAGGGUUCAGGAAAUCUUGGGGCUCCUUGUGUUUUGGAUUUGGUAUCCUUUGCUGGUUUCCCGCUUACCCAAUUGGGGUGAAAGAGUUAUGUUUGUUGUUACAAGUUUUUCUGUCACUGGAAUUCAGCAUGUUCAGUUCUGUUUGAACCAUUUUUCUUCCAGUGUUUAUGUUGGUACACCUAUUGGGAAUGACUGGUGUGAGAAUCAGACUAAUGGGUCACUUGAUAUAGAGUGUCCAUCUUGGAUGGAUUGGUUCCAUGGUGGGUUGCAAUUUCAGAUUGAGCAUCAUCUGUUUCCCAGGUUGCCUAGAGGCAAUCUCAGGAAAGUUGCUCCUCUUGUUAAGGAGCUAUGCAAGAAGCACAAGCUGCCUUACAAAAGUGUAUCCUUCUUGAAGGCCAACGAACUGACCAUUGGAACGCUUCGCACUGCAGCCCUGCAGGCUCGGGAUCUUGCUAGCCCUGUUCCAAAGAACUUAGUUUGGGAAGCUGUACACACUUAUGGAUGA